CCUCCCUGCGAACUGGGCUUCAACAGGGCCGAACGAUGUCAUCACUUGCACACCAGACGAACAGACAGCUUCGGCGAUCCCGAGCCCACCUCGUGGACCGCUUCCUUUCCCGACAAGAAGCUCCUCACCGUCCAUCAUUUCUGCCGGAAAAGUCGCCAGUGAGCGGCUGCUGGAGGCCCGGAUCCCUUUCGCUCAGAAGACAAGCCCAACUUGCGAACACCGCUUACGAGCAGGGUCGCUUGCAAGAGUUACCGAGUGGGUCGAGAAAAGUUGAGAAGCUUAAGCAACGCAUGGUCGAAUCGGAAACAAUCUUGGACUCUGCCCCUACGCCCUUUUCCCUUGCGGCGCAGGACGGCAUUCUUUUGACAAAGAAGCACAUGGAUCAUAGGGCGCUCGUGCAUGCGAAGCAAUUAAUGGAGAACAAAGGGCCUUAUGCCGGAAGGAAGGGACCAGCCUUCAAAGGGACGAAGCAACAAAGGCAGGUCAAGAGGAGGAAGGAUGAGGUGAAGAGGAGGUUGGACGGUAUGGAGAAGCUCGUCGAAAAUUGGAGAUCGGCGAAGAAGGAUGCAAGAGACAAAGCGCGGUCUACUUUGCCGUUCUAGGCUCCAGUCCCGCCUCAUCGAAUUGGUAGAAACACGGGGACAUCUCGCAUUGCUCAUUGACAUGUAGUAGAGGUGUUCGGUCUCAAUGCGACGUCUCGAUCUUGUCAAUGAGCCUUUUCCUCUUCGGAGUAUCCGCAAAUAGACUCUUGAUGAGCUUGACGAUCUCCCCCUUCCCAUAGUCGACAAGUGCGUCGGCCUCGAAGUACAAAAACUCGAUGUCAAUAAGGGAGCCUGUAAGGAUCUCUCCAAGGUACGAAGCUUUGAACCAGCUUGGCACAAAGAUUGCUACGACCGUUUGAGCCCCUUGUGAUCCUUCUUCCUCUUUGAAAAGGCCCUCGACGGCGCCCAAGGACCUGACGAGCUCGGCCAGCUUCUCACUUUCUUCUUCGGAAAUAUCGUCGAGACCUAUGAUGGCGUGCAACACCUGUGAAAGAAGCCCAUCGACCAGGUUUCCCAUA